CCGCCUCGUAUUCGUCACCCCCCCCACCCCUCCUCCCACCUCCGUCCUGUGCGUGACGAGUGAACGAGCGAAAAAGAUGGCGGCCUCGGACAGCGACGAUUCCCUCUACCCCAUCGCGGUGCUCAUCGACGAGUUGCGAAAUGAGGACGUGCAACUGCGUCUUAACAGCAUCAAAAAGCUGUCGACCAUCGCCCUUGCUCUUGGAGUGGAGAGGACGCGCAGUGAGCUCAUCCCCUUCCUGACCGACACUAUCUAUGAUGAGGAUGAGGUGCUGCUGGCUCUGGCUGAGCAACUGGGCAGUUUCACCACGCUGGUUGGAGGGCCCGAGUAUGUGCAUUGUCUGCUGCCUCCGCUGGAGAGCCUGGCCACGGUGGAGGAGACGGUGGUGAGGGACAAGGCGGUGGAAUCGCUGCGUGCAAUCUCCGCCGAGCACUCGCCCGCAGACUUGGAGGCUCACUUCGUGCCGCUAGUGAAGCGCCUGGCGAGUGGCGACUGGUUCACGUCGCGCACAUCUGCGUGCGGACUCUUCAGCGUGGCCUACCCCAGGGUCUCCAAUGCCGUCAAGGCCGAACUCCGGCAACACUUCCGCAACCUCUGUGGGGAUGAUACUCCAAUGGUGCGACGUGCUGCGGCCUCCAAGCUGGGAGAGUUUGCCAAAGUCUUGGAGAUUGACUACAUUAAGAACGACGUCAUCCCAAUGUUCAACAACCUCGCAUCCGAUGAACAGGACUCUGUGCGCCUUCUGGCUGUGGAGGCAUGUGUGAAUAUUGCCUCGCUCCUCCCUGCUGAAGACCUAGAGGCCAUGGUGAUGCCCACACUCCGACAGGCAGCCGAAGACAAGUCCUGGCGCGUGCGCUACAUGGUUGCCGACAAGUUCAAUGAGAUUCAGAAAGCUGUUGGAUCAGAGAUUACAAAGACGGACCUAGUACCCGCCUUCCAGAACUUGCUCAAGGACUGCGAGGCUGAAGUUCGGGCUGCUGCAGCCCAUAAAGUGAAAGAGUUUUGCGAAAACCUGCCAUCAGACUGCCAAGAAAGCGUCAUCAUGUCGAACAUCUUGCCUUGUGUCAAGGAACUCGUAUCCGAUGCGAACCAGCAUGUCAAGUCGGCGCUGGCAUCCGUGAUCAUGGGUCUGUCCCCCAUCCUGGGGAAAGACAACACGAUUGAGCACCUGCUGCCCCUCUUCCUGGCACAGCUCAAGGACGAGUGCCCUGAAGUACGGCUGAAUAUCAUCUCCAACCUGGACUGCGUGAAUGAGGUGAUCGGGAUUCGUCAGCUCUCCCAGUCCCUUCUGCCCGCCAUCGUUGAACUGGCCGAGGACACCAAGUGGAGAGUUCGCCUGGCCAUCAUUGAGUACAUGCCACUGCUUGCUGGGCAGCUGGGCGUGGAGUUUUUUGACGAAAAACUCAACUCUCUCUGCAUGGCGUGGCUGGUAGAUCACGUGUAUGCGAUCCGCGAGGCUGCCACCAACAACCUGAAGAAGCUGGUGGAGAAGUUUGGCAAGGAGUGGGCUCAGAGCACCAUCAUCCCCAAAGUCUUGGCCAUGUCCAAUGACCACAACUACCUUCACCGCAUGACCACCCUCUUCUGCGUAAACGUGCUGGCGGAGGUGUGCGGCCAAGACAUCACGGCAAAGCUCAUGCUGCCCACGGUGCUGCGCAUGGCCCAAGACCAGGUGGCCAACGUGCGCUUCAAUGUGGCCAAGUCACUGCAAAAGAUUGGACCAAUCCUUGAAACAAACACCCUGCAGUCGGAAGUGAAACCUGUGCUGGAGAAACUGGGAGGCGAUCAAGACAUCGAUGUCAAGUACUUUGCACAGGAAGCCCUGUCUGUGCUGGCGCUCGGAGCCUGAAGGCCACAUUUAUUACCCAGAUCCCAGAACACUCGACGUACAUUUCCAAAUUUCCAUACACCACCCACCACCCCCUCCCCCCUUUUUUCCCUACCCUUACCCUGCCCCCCCCCAACAUCUAUCUUGUGUUUGCGAUAUUCACUAAUGUACACUUAAAGAUUAAUAAGUGAGUAUUGGAUAAUAAAACCUUCAAUUGGCCGUGUGACAAUUCUCAUGCUGUGGUGGAGAUGCUUGUCUCGGUUUUCGAAAUAAUUGCUCGUGCUGAUUUCUGUAAUAAAGCAUGACAACUUGAUUCUUUAAUUUUUUUUGUACUCUUUUUCGUCACGUGCUUUUUAGCGCUCUUAGGCUUCAAGCAUGCUGCUCAUUGGUGUUCAGUAACUUUCUGCCUGUCAACAAAACAAACGCCCACUUGGCUAGACAUUUUUUUUUACAUCCAAAUGAAUGGUCAAAAUGUAAUGAUGCCCUAUCUGCAAAAUUCACUGUUAUUAAUAAUGAUCAGGUUAUGUUAAGGGGAAAAUUAUCUGACAUUUGACCAAAUUAAAAUGUUUUUUUUUCUCUCUGUUAAACGUAACUGCAUAUAAUUGCUAUGAAGGACUUCUUCUUGUGUUCAUAGUUUUUUAUGUUUUAUUUAAGUAUGGUGUAAUCGUUCCACAGGCUAAUAAAUUGUGUUGCGGUGAGUGAAGUUCCUUAAAAAAAAAAUCGCUGAAUCCUUUAAUCCCAUUUUAGUGCAGGAUGUGAAUGUGUGAACACCUGCUGAUAGGUCAUAACAAAAUUGCAUUUUCGAGCAAAUGCUUUUAAUCUUCCUGUCUGAGGGUUAAAGAUUGUGUGAAUAUUAUGCGUCUCUCUUUCGUGCUCUGUUGGUUUUAACACUUUUUGCGGACCUGGUUCUUAAGCUCUCAAGUUUUUGAAGGGAUAAAACAUCCCUUUUGAUUUUCAUAACGAGCCCUCAGCAGUUUACAAAGCAUGUGCAUCUGGUUUGGCUCGCACUGUGAUUUACCCUGCUGUUUUUCUUCACCUUUGCUUUUAAUUGGAUUAUCCAUGUCUGAUGUGCAGAUACUGUAACAUUUAGAAUGGCUUUUCUUUUUAGCCAAAGUUCCCUUUUAACUCCUUUGCUAAGCACUGCAUAAUAAGACUGCUUGUUUGAUAUAAAACCUCUCGACCACAUGGUUUUCCAUGGACAUUGCAGUACGUGUGUGUGCUGAAAUGUAUGCCUGCUGGCACAUGGAGCAACUUGUGAGCCUAGCCUUGUAUCACAUGAGUUCUCUGGUAUUGUCUUAUUGAGCAAUGUAAUAAAGUGUAAAAGCUUCUCCCUGAAAA